AUGGCAUCAACUACUUAUACUGGCGUCAACCAUGGACUUCAAGUUGGAAAUAACCAGGGUCCGAUCGAAGCACGUUUCUACACUCAAACGCAAACUAAUGAAGAUAUUGAUCGGAUUUGGCUCCAUAAUCUACGUUGCCCCGACUCACUGGCGGUGAAAAACCGGCUGAAGGAGACCAAAGACAAACUAGUCCUUCAAUCGUUCCAAUGGAUGCUUCACAACCCAGAGUAUCUCAAUUGGCGAGACGGGAAAGAUGUUUGCUUGCUUUGGAUCAAGGGCGGCGCUGGCAAAGGGAAAACCAUGAUGUCGAUCGGUCUAAUCGAGGAGCUUUCACGGACACGCGACGAAUCCACUGUGGUGGCUUACUCAUUUUGUCAAAACGCCGACAAUGCGCUUAACACUCUGGAAUCAAUCAUCAAGGGUUUAAUCUUACAGUUAAUAAGUCGGCAACCUGGCCUAAAGGAAUCUCUUCGCAGCCGUUGGGACACUAGCCACAACCGGUUUACUGAGGAUAUGAAUUCAUGGAUAAAUCUAUGGAAUGUUCUCAUGGACAUGUUAGACCGCUGUAACUGCUCAAAGAUAUUCCUUAUCGUGGACGCUCUUGAUGAGUGCCAAGAUAAUGGUAUGGCGGACUUCUUUAAACGCCUGGUUCGUAAUGGACUCGAUCGGCAAGCCAAGAUCAAAUGGCUCUUGACAAGUCGACCAUUAGACAAUGCAGAGCGGGCACUGUUUGUUAGUGACGAGAAGGUCCAAGUCAGUCUUGAUCUGAACUCAAAAUAUGUCUCUCAAGCGGUAGAGGCCUAUAUCUCUCACAAAGUGGAUGAACUUAGUCAUCUUUAUAGGUAUAAAAAGCCUCUACGAACAGAAUUAGAAGCCGAGCUGAGUUUAAAGGCCGAGGGGACCUUUCUAUGGGUGAGCCUUGUUUGUAAGACACUCGAAAGUGUCAGCCAAGAUGAGGUCCUGACCACACUUCGAAACUUGCCUCCAGGUUUACAUCCUUUCUAUGAUCGGAUAUUAACCCAGCUACGCGAAGGCGAGCCAGAUGAUGUUUCUCGGUGUAUGCGACUACUAAAGGCCAUGAUGCUUGCAUACCGACCUUUAAAAAUUGAAGAAAUUCAAAGCGUGACGGGCCUCACCAACGAGGAAGAUGCUAUUCAGAUGUUAGUCGGUCGCUGUGCUUCACUAAUUAGGAUGCAGGAACAAAACAUCGAGUUUGUUCACCAGUCUGCUCGGGACUAUCUCACUACGAAGAAUGCUCAAUCUAUACUUGAUUCAUAUGAAUACCUUGGACAUAAUGACAUCGUUCAAGGCUGUCUUUCUUUUUUAUCUGGUUCGCUAAAGAUGAAUCUUGUCGAUCUGCCGCGACCUGACUCAACCAAAGAAUCAUUUGAUUUACAGGACGACAAAGAGAAGAAAUCGCAACUUUCUUGUCUAGACUACGCGGCUACGUUCUGGGUACAGCAUCUCCAGCACGUCGAAUCAAGGACGGUAGCACAUAGUGGGUUUAGUGAUGGGGGAUCAGUCAGUGGAUUUCUUCGCAAUAAGAUGUUAGAAUGGUUGGAAUGUCUUAGUCUACUUGAUAGGCUACCGCUAGGUAUUAAAGCGUUGAAUAUAUUAUUCAAUCUAACAAAGGACGGCCAUCCUUUAGUAUCAGCACUGGUGCAAGAUACUACACGGUUUUUAUUGCGACACUACUAUACCAUAAACAACUGGCCUUCACAGAUCUAUAGCUCUGCUAUUAUAUUUAGCCCAGAAUUAAGUAUUGUGAAAAGGGAAAAUUCAGAUAAAAUUCCAGGAUAUCUGAAAAGAGUUCCUCUGAUGGAGGAUACUUGGGCAUCCCUGCUUCAGACACUGGAAGGACACUCGAGCUCGGUCACCACCGUGGCCUUUUCACCCGAUGGCACGCAGAUUGCAUCUGGCUCUUAUGACAAGACCAUCAAGCUUUGGGAUACCACAACGGGCGAUCUUCGGAAGACACUGGAAGGACACUGGGGCUCGGUCGACACCGUGGCCUUUUCACCCGAUGGCACGCAGAUUGCAUCUGGCUCUCGUGACAACACCAUCAAGCUUUGGGAUACCACAACGGGCGAUCUUCGGAAGACACUGGAAGGACACUCGAGCUCGGUCACCACCGUGGCCUUUUCACCCGAUGGCACGCAGAUUGCAUCUGGCUCUGAUGACAACACCAUCAAGCUUUGGGAUACCACAACGGGCGAUCUUCGGAAGACACUGGAAGGACACUCGAGCUGGGUCUACACCGUGGCCUUUUCACCCGAUGGCACGCAGAUUGCAUCUGGCUCUCGUGACACCACCAUCAAGCUUUGGGAUACCACAACGGGCGAUCUUCGGAAGACACUGGAAGGACACUCGAGCACGGUCUGGGCCGUGGCCUUUUCACCCGAUGGCACGCAGAUUGCAUCUGGCUCUUUAGACAACACCAUCAAGCUUUGGGAUACCACAACGGGCGAUCUUCGGAAGACACUGGAAGGACACUCGAGCACGGUCUGGGCCGUGGCCUUUUCACCCGAUGGCACGCAGAUUGCAUCUGGCUCUAGUGACAACACCAUCAAGCUUUGGGAUACCACAACGGGCGAUCUUCGGAAGACACUGGAAGGACACUCGAGCUCGGUCAACACCGUGGCCUUUUCACCCGAUGGCACGCAGAUUGCAUCUGGCUCUGAUGACACCACCAUCAAGCUUUGGGAUACCACAACGGGCGAUCUUCGGAAGACACUGGAAGGACACUCGAGCACGGUCUGGGCCGUGGCCUUUUCACCCGAUGGCACGCAGAUUGCAUCUGGCUCUUUAGACAACACCAUCAAGCUUUGGGAUACCACAACGGGCGAUCUUUGGAAGACACUGGAAGGACACUCGAGCUGGGUCUACACCGUGGCCUUUUCACCCGAUGGCACGCAGAUUGCAUCUGGCUCUGAUGACAACACCAUCAAGCUUUGGGAUACCACAACGGGCGAUCUUCGGAAGACACUGGAAGGACACUCGAGCUGGGUCUACACCGUGGCCUUUUCACCCGAUGGCACGCAGAUUGCAUCUGGCUCUCGUGACACCACCAUCAAGCUUUGGGAUACCACAACGGGCGAUCUUCGGAAGACACUGGAAGGACACUGGAACUCGGUCCGGGCCGUGGCCUUAUCCCUUGAUUAUACGCAGAUCGCAUCUGACUCUGGGCAUCAAAUCACCAAGCUCACGGAUAUCCCCAAAUCGCUCAAAAAUUCUAAAUCCCUGAGGACCGUUUUUCGUGGUCUUUUCAAGCUCAAAUCAAGCAAGAAAGUGAGCAAACCAGAAAUUACGUCUAUAGACUAUCGCUACCUUCCAACCAGCAGUGGAUCAGCCUUGAAAGGUGAAAUUGCUACGGACAAGCUAGAAGGUAACCCUUCCUUCUUAUAUAGUCUAUCUGUUCAAGAGCAGUGGAUAUGCUUUGAAGGAAUGCCCUUCCUUCGACUAUCAUCAGAAUUCCAGCCAUCAUCUUUUGAUGUGCGAGGGGGUCAUAUAGCCAUUGGAUUUAGAAACGGCCAAGUUUUGAGAUUUGAAAUUGACCAACAUAUGCUAGCUAGGCUGAACUGGUAUUUAAGGAAAUCUGAUAGUGGUUUUAACCAGAGCGAUUAA